AUGUUAUGCAACUGUCAUGGCAUUGAAACUCCUGUGUUCAUGAAGUCCAUGCUGCACGUACCCAAAUUAAAUGCAAACUUAAUGUUGGUCAAAGAACUCACCCAAGGAGGCACCAAUGUGCUCUUCUGUAAAUCAUUUGGUGCAAUUCUUGUAGGCAACCAAGGCAAUGGGCCUGAAAUAGGCUUUGCUAAAGAAAUAUCUGGUCAGCUAUACAAAGUUAAAUGCAUUGUAAAACAUACCAAGGUCAACACAUACAUGGCUAUUGUCAAGUCCAAAAGCAUUAACAACAGGGACAAUAUUGAUGCAGGCAAAUUUGUUUCAUAUGCUGCUGGGAAAAUUGCACAUGCAGACCUUGAGACCUGGCACAGACAAUUGGGUCAUGUCAGCUACAAGUACAUUCUUGACAUGUUUUGGAACAGCUCAGUACGCAGAAUGGACACUGUAGGAAAGCACUCACCUCCACAAUCUCCAUGA